GACUUUUAAGCGAUAUCACUAUACGAACUCGUUUGGUGUUUUUUUUUUGGUUUUGUUCAGUGAAUCCUUCUCUCGAUUGACAUGUUCAACGUGCAAUUGACUCUUGCCUGCAGCUUGCUGCUGUUCGCGGCCGUUGCCGUUUCUACGCAUCCCUGCAGCUAUGUCGACUUUAUUCCCGCAACGGAUAGUCCGCAGGUUUAUUACGCCUGUAUGGUCAAGGCCAAUGGAGACUACGCUCUGGCGCCUCUGCGCUGCCAGGAUGGAUAUGUGUUUGACGCUAGCCAGGCACGCUGUGUGAGCGUGCUGCGUGAAGUUGAGGCCGUCGAUGGCGGGGACAUUGAGAACCCGACCGUUCCCCCAGAUAAUCUGGAUGAAAGCACCACAAGUCCGCAGCCAACGAAUGCUCCUUCUGCUGCUCCUCUCACUGACGCCACUGAUGCUCCGACUACUGAACCAACAACCGCUCCAACUACUGCUCCAACAACUGCUCCAACAACUGCUCCAACCACCGCUCCAACCACCGCACCAACUACCGCUCCAACAACAGCUCCAACAACUGAACCAACAACUGCUCCAACAACAGCUCCCACUACCGCCCCCACCACCGCUCCUACAACCGCCCCAACCACCGCUCCUACAACCGCUCCAACAACUGCUCCUACAACUGCUCCUACAACUGCUCCUACAACUGCUCCAACCACCGCUCCAACAACCGCUCCAACAACUGAACCAACAACUGCUCCUACAACCGCUCCUACAACUGCUCCUACAUCUGCUCCGACUACCGCACCAACAACCUCCCCAACCACCGCUCCAACGACAGCUCCCACUACUGCACCAACAACUUCUCCAACAACCGCUCCAACAACAGCUACAACACCGACAGGAACUGCUUCAACUGGCUCUACCGCUUCUACCACGGCAGCACCUACUCAGUCUACAACUAAGAAGGCCAUUUGUGCCACUAAGGGAACCCAGCCAGACGAAACUGAUUGCACCAAAUAUGUGCUGUGCUAUGAGACGGCUGAUAAUGAUGUGUUACCCGUCACACUGGAUUGCCCGACGCCAAUGCAGUUCGAUCCAUGGAGCAGCUACUGUGAUGCUGACUACAACUGUGAGGAUGACUAUUAGAGAGUCGAGGGAUAUAGCCAGAAAUACAUACAUAAUAAAUACAUACCGCUGUACAAAAGAAACCAAUACACAAC